CUGAAAGUGACCUUUGAAAGGAAAAGUAGGUAGUGCACUGUACCUUCCUGGCUAUAGCUGGCCAGGGCAGACUCAGCUGGCUAGAUAGGGAAUCAUGUCUGUGUGACUGUGCAGCAUCAGAGUCCCCAGAGGAGAUAGCAGCAUGCAGAACCCCCUCUCUUCCCCUGGAGGCUCACGCUCUUCCCUUUCUGCUUAGACAUCACCGGCAAGGCAACUGCAGAAGCAGACACUCACUGGCGCUUUCCACUCCUCUGCAGGCUGUUCCUGUCAAAGCUGUAAGUAUCCUUUGUGUGCUGCGAGACCAAACAGGAAGGCACAUACAGGGGCUGGGCCUGUGGAUUUCUUUCUUCAGCCUUGCAUAUUUUUCGUGUGAUUUGAGCAACAUAAAUGGCCCGCUGUGGAAUCGGGGCAACUGAAAUUCUUCCAAACUGGAUUUCGUACACAUCCGUCUGCUGUACAUCCAAAGCCAAUGACAAUAAGGUUCCUCGGGAAACCAGAAGCAAAGAAACCAGAGUGGUUUGGAAUCACACUGUGCUCCCUGGGAGAUUCUUCUGAGAGAGAGAGAGAGAGAGCGCCCAGGAGGAAAUGUAACAAAGGCUUACACCUCCAGAUGGUGGAGAGAUCAGGCACCAUCCUUGAUUGCAAGUGACCGAUAGCCAGGUGAAAAAUGUGCCUGGCAGAUUUCAAAUGCUGCUCUGUAGCAAUGGAUUGCACAAAUUUGUGCUGAAAAUUUACACUGCUGCACAAGGGGAGAAAAGCAAACCACCCACAAAAGCAGAUGGGGUAAUGGCUCAAGUCAGCUAACCAGGAAGAUGGAUGAGAGAGCAGGAGACGGGCACAAGGUGGUAAGAAAACAGACCAGCUUAACUCAGGCCAGCAGUCAAGUACAAAGUUAGUUCUGGAUGUCCAUUUCUACCUAUUUUUUAAUCACGUUGAGUGGGAAUUUCCCCCCUCUUUUAAAAGCAAUGCAGUUGAAAUUACAUUCAGGUCAGCACCGAUCUGUUCUAUAAUAACUUUAUUUAUUUUGUUAAUCUUUGUGCAGAUCCUGUGUACCUUGACUCAGAAAUAAUUUCCACUGUGCUCAUUGGGACUAACACCCAGAAAAAGUGCAUCAGAUGGUAGCAUUAGUUCAUUCACGCUGUAAUCCUAUAAUAAUAAUAAUUCAUUAUUUAUACCCCGCCCAUCUGGCUGGGUUUCCCCAGCCAAUCCUAUACUUGCUUACCUAGGAGUAAGAACCAUUGAACUCUGUAUUACCUCAGAGUACAUAGGUUUAGGUUGCACUGUAACAAGUUAGCUCAGCACAUUCCAAAGUCCUGCGGUAGAUGACAGAGAUUAAAAAUAAGUAACUACAAUUUGUAAAUAUAUAUGAAGAUGGAGGAUUUGGGGGAAAUGAUAUAUUUUUAAGGGAGAAAUUAAAGGCUAAAGGAUAUAAUUAGAUGAAGUUAAGAUUAAAAUUGAGUAAGAAAUACGAUUGAGUGAAGAAUAAGAAUUGUAAUUGUUGAGUUAUUUUGUAAGCAUUGUGAAAGCUGCAUAAUGGGAUAUAAAAUAGAUUCGGGAAGGGAGGGACGGGGAAGUCGAUGAUAUGAUAUUAAUAAGAUUUUGCUAUUUGGCUUUGUUGUUGUUUUUCUCUUUUCAUUUUUUUUUGUUUUUAUUCUUUCUUUUUUGGUAUUUUUUAUAUUUCUUAUAUUGUAAAACCUUCAAUAAAUAUAUUAUUAAAAGAAGUAACUACAAAGGACAUAUAUUAAAAUAAAAUAAACAUCCUGCUACCAACCAACUUAACAUACGUAAACACCCAUCUUCAUACAUGACACUUAAUUUUUUACAUCACCAGGAGGUGAAAAUUCCCCAGUGUGUAGAAUUCUUCAACAUGCUAUGGAUAGCAAGGUAUCUGGGAUGGAACAAAAAAGGGUGUUCAGUGCUACCAGCUCUUAUCAUUUAAUUAAUUUCAUUAUGUGCCUGGAUGUUUGAAGACUAAAAGCAUGCAACUUGUAACCAAUUCUGCUUUAAUUGAAAUAAUCAGAAUUUCUUUCCCAUCCUGUGUGUGCCGUCAAAAGUUCAAAAAUAUGGAAGUUGUGUGCUUUAAUAGCUGUGAAACCUAAAGAACCCACUUUCAUUUGCUUUUGAGUCUUUUUGUGAUUUGUCCACCUAAUCUCAUAAUAAGGAUUUGACUGCUCUGUUAUCAUUUGAUUUUAACAACCACAGGCAAACACCGAUGAGACAUGGUUGACAUUUAAUCAAUCUAGAUGAAAAAAGUCACAUUUUUAUUGACUCUGUGUUAACAUGAGGAGUUUCUUGCAGAAGCAGACUGUUCAUCAGUGAGGAGAGAUCUAUCUCUGAGUACAUUAUCAAACCCUCCUGUCCUUCACAGUUUCAAAUAAAAACAUUAUUCUGUACAUAUAAUACUUUUAUUGUCCUGUGAAUACGGACCACAGCCCCUGCUUCCUGUUCGAUUGUUACACAUUGCAGGAAAAGACUGACCAUUUUAUUGCGGGAUCAACAGAUCUAGCCACUCCUACCAAACAUUUGAAUCAUUUGGUGUUAGUGCCGUUGCUGUUGAAACAUCUGUCUCCAUUGCUUGCUGGCCAGAGCCAUACUUCCAGGUCUUGAGAGCAUUGUUGAGUUCAAAUACCUGCUUAGCCAUGGAUUCAGAGGGUGAUUUUUGGGCAAGCCACCGUAUCUUAGCCUCCCUUCCCCAUUUGUAAAGUGAAAAUGAUAGUAUUUCUCAUAGGCAGGUGCUGAGAAGAAACUAACGCUGCACUACACAGUUAGAAAAUGCUCACUCUAUGUGGGAUAACUAUGGCGUAAUUAAAACUGAAGCAUUUCCAGGCUGACUUCCUGCUUCAUAUAAAUCUGAUGCUAUGGAGGGGCUCCAAUGCAGUUGUUUUGUCACUCAGGUUAGGUAACUGCGUAAGAUCUGCACUGCUUUGGGGAAUAAAGGCUAGCAGGUCUUUUUUUGUUUGUUUGCUUGCUUGCUUGCAGGUCCCCACAAGCUUCCAAGGGAUGGCUGCUGAUGUUCACAAGAAGGAUGGAGAUGUUCACAAGAAGGAUGGAGAUGUGCCCAAUGGCUCAUUGGUCCCAUGCGACAGAAAGCAUGUUGAGAGGUCAGAGAGUCCUGCCCCAGGGCUCACUCAGGGAACAGAACCAGGGGCAGGCCAGGAGGGAGCCAUGUUUGUUCAUGCCAAGUCCUAUGAGGACCUGACCAGCACCGAGAAUCAGGAUGCGGCUCCUCAGAGCCCGGAGGAAAGCGAAGAGCGCCAAGGUGAGCAGGCAAAGAUGGAGGAGAUCAGCAAGGACUUCAGCGAACUGAGCACCCAGCUUACUGGCAUAGCCCUGGAUUUGGAAGAAGAGAUAAGGCACAGCAAAGAAGACAAGUGGGAGCUCUCGCCACAGGCCUCACGCAGAGACUCUGUGCUGUCCGGGAAGGAGGAAGAAGACGUGACCAUGGAUGCCUGGCGCAUGCACCAGAAGCAUGUCUUUGUUCUGAGUGAGGCAGGCAAGCCGGUGUAUUCCCGCUAUGGGUCUGAAGAAGCGCUGUCCAGCACCAUGGGGGUAAUGAUGGCUCUGGUGUCCUUCCUUGAAGCACAGAAGAAUGCCAUCAGGUCUAUUCACGCAGAUGGGUACAAGGUGGUGUUUGUGCGCAGGAGCCCCCUGGUGCUGGUUGCUGUGGCUCAGACACGGCAGUCAGAACAAGAAAUUGCUCAGGAGCUCCUUUAUAUCUACUACCAGAUCCUUAGUCUCUUGACGUGGACCCAGCUCAACCAUAUCUUCCAGCAGAAGCAGAACUAUGACCUAAGGAGACUGCUGGCCGGCUCCGAGCGUAUCACGGACAACUUGCUAGACCUGAUGGCGAGGGACCCGAGCUUUCUGAUGGGGGCUGCACGUUGCCUCCCUAUGGCUGGUGGAGUCAGGGAUGCCGUGAGCUCCUGCCUCCAGCAAGCCAAAGCUAAAAGCCUGGUCUUCUCCAUCCUCUUAUCCAAGAACCAACUGGUGUCUCUGGUGAGAAAAAAAGACCAGUUCCUGCAUCCGAUUGACCUUCACCUACUCUUCAAUCUCAUCAGUUCGUCCUCCUCAUUUAGAGAAGGUGAAGCCUGGACUCCCAUCUGCCUGCCCAAGUUCAACUCCAGCGGUUUCUUCCAUGCUCACAUUUCCUACUUGGCGCAGGACACGGAUUUGUGUCUCCUUCUGAUCUCCACUGACCGGGAGGACUUCUUCACAGUGUCUGACUGCAAGCGCAGGUUCCAGGAACGGCUGAAGAAGCGUGGUGUUUAUCAUGUCCUCAUGGAGGAGCUGUGCGCUCCGUCCUACACUGUCUCCCAGGUGGGAAUCCCAGACCUCCGACACUUCAUCUACAAAUCUAAGAGCUCAGGACUCUUUACCAGCCCAGAGAUUGAUGCUCCCUACAUCACUGAGGAGGAAAAAGAGAGACUUCUGGGAUUAUAUCAGUACUUACACAGCCGGGCCCAUAAUUCUUCCCGUCCUCUGAGCUACAUCUAUUACACUGGAUCUAAUGAAAAUCUCCUGGCUUGGGUAACUAGUGCCUUUGAGCUCUACGUAUGCUUCAGCCCCCUGGGAACCAAAGCAGCAGCUGUCAGCGCUGUCAACAAACUUAUGAGGUGGAUCCGCAAGGAAGAAGACUGGCUCUUUAUAUUAACACCCCAGACUUACUGACUGCUGCGGCCUGUGUCGUCUGCCUGGGGUUCCUCAGUGCCAGUGAAUGCCCAAAGGGAUGUCCUCUCACCUCUGGGGACACUAGACCCUCUCUCGGAGAUUCCCUCCCAAACCAGAAAUGGGAGGAGGAGGAGAAAAGGUGGGUCUGAGAAGAACAGAGUUUUGUGCCUACAGGGAGCAUCUGGGAAGGAGACUUGCAUUUCAGUUUGUACUACAUUUUAAACAUUAUCCCUACUGUGUCUGGAACUGAAACAUGGAUCCUCCUGGCCUUCAUCCAUGUGAUUGCUACCCAAGAUGCUCUUCAUCCCAAACAUAGAAUGUAAUCUCUUAUCCACAUCUCCAGACCGUGUUUUCCCCUCCUCUCCUAACAAGCUUCUCUUGGGAGAAGCUCAGGCAAUAGUUUUCCUGUAUUGUUGCCCAAGCUAAUGCAUCAAGGAGUCCAGUGUACUUCAUU